GACUUUUAGCUUUAACUUCUGUCAGUGCAUUGAGUAUUUAUUUUAUUAAAGAUGGUAUACAGCAGAAAACCAGCUAGCGGAACAGUUUGUCCACUAUGUAGCCACAGGUCUAUUGAGCUACUGUUGGCUAAAGCUAGCUAGAGGGUGCUAGCGUUAUAUAGACGCAUGAGCAUAGUACGACAGGUCCUGACUUGCUCAAGAUUUGCAUGUCACUCAGCUAACAUACAUUGCAGAAGAAGAUUUUGUACCUCGCAGCACACAAUGACGUCACGGCACACAAACUCCAAAAGAAUUGAGGGACUGGAUAAGAAUGUCUGGGUGGCGUUCACUUCUUUGGCAGCUGACCCAUCAAUUGUUAACCUGGGACAAGGCUUUCCAGACAUCCCUCCACCUUCUUAUGUCAAGGAGGCACUAGCGCAGGCGGUGUCGGUGGACAGGAUGAACCAGUACACCAGAGGCUUUGGUCACCCGUCUCUGGUGAAGGCCCUUUCUCAGGUUUAUGGGAAGGUCUGCGGACGCCAGAUUGACCCCUUUAAGGAAAUCCUAGUCACAGUAGGCGGUUAUGGUUCCUUAUUCAGCACCAUGCAGGGACUGGUGGAAGAGGGAGACGAGGUCAUCAUAAUAGAACCUUUCUUCGAUUGCUAUGUGCCUAUGGUACGAAUGGCGGGGGCCAAACCGGUGUUGAUACCAUUACGCCUUAAAUCUGCAAAGAAGACCAUCACAAGUGCCGACUGGUGUCUUGACCCAGAUGAGCUUGCCAGUAAAUUCAACUCUAAGACAAAGGCCAUCAUUAUCAACACUCCCAACAAUCCUAUUGGGAAGAUUUUCACCAGAGAUGAGCUGCAGAUGAUCGCUGACCUGUGUAUUAAACAUGAUACUCUGUGCUUUAGUGAUGAGGUUUAUGAGUGGCUCAUCUACAAGGGCCACCAGCAUAUCAAAAUUGCCACUCUGCCUGGCAUGUGGGAUAGAACAAUUACUAUCAGCAGUGCAGGAAAGACGUUCAGUGUUACUGGAUGGAAACUUGGCUGGUCUGUAGGACCUGAGCACUUAAUAAAGCAUCUUCAGACUGUCAUGCAGAAUACUCUGUACACCUGCCCAACACCUUUACAGGAGGCUGUGGCACAAGGUUUGCUCCUGAACUAUGAUCUGAUGGGUCAACCUGAGUGCUACUUCUCCUCACUGGCAGAAGAACUCGAGGGGAAGAGGGACCGUAUGGCUGCCAUCUUACAGGAGGUCGGCAUGACUCCGGUCAUCCCAGAGGGAGGCUACUUCAUGCUCGUGGAUGUCACAUCUCUCAAUCAGGAUCUGUCACAUAUGACUGAUGAUGAAGCCUAUGACUACAAGUUUGUAAAGUGGAUGAUUAAAGAAAAGAAACUGGCAGCCAUUCCAGUCACAGCGUUUGUUGGAGAUGAGUCCAAGAAUCAGUUUGAGAAAUAUAUUCGCCUUUGUUUCAUUAAGCAAGAUAGUACUCUUGAUGCAGCAGAGAACAUCUUGAAAAACUGGAAUAAGAUUUAAUGGGAUGCAGUGUCAGAGGACUUGAGUACGUUUAGACUGCAACAUGCUGCACAAACUGGAAAUGGAGAGAAACUGGACAGUUAAUUGUAAAAUGAUUUGUCCAGACUUUGAACUGUAUCCUGUUUAAAGGGACAUGAUGAUGGUUCCAGGUCAAGUGAAAUGAAUCAUUUUGGCAAAUGAUGGGUGUGAUGUGAGAUAACUAGUGUGGUAACUAGUGAGAUUAGUUUUUUUAUCCAUUGUCACACAGUGGAUAAAUUAUAAAUGAUCCCUUAUUCAUUCCUAUUGUCGUUGGUACUGUUUGAUUUAAUAUUGUUCAUUAUUUUCAUAAAAAAUUAACAUUAGAGACACAAAAGAGGAAUUGUUUUGACUUUGAACAUUGUGUUGUAAUCUCUAAAGUUUCCAAUAAAAUGAUUCAAGAUAG